UUUACAAAUCAACUCGUAUUACUUUAGAUGACAUUUUGUGGCACUGUUCUAAUUUGAGAUUUUUCCUUCAGAUCUUAUCAUCCCCAAAUAGAUUUUCUACUCACUUCACGUUUGUUUGUUUAAACUAUGUCUCUUGGUAUUGUGGCAGCUCAGGACAGCUUUCCAUAUACUGCCAUUUAGUUCCCACAAGAGUUAACUCCCAGGCUUUCAGCUAGAUGACUUGCCAGUUACUGAGUGAUGCCAUUUGAAGCACAACCUCAGUUGAUGAGCCUGGGGCCCUUUGCUUGGCAUGCCUCAGAAAUUUGGAGCAAUGGGAGAACUGCACACUUCUUUUUGAGGGCGUCAUAGUCGCAGUCACUGUUUGCUCCCCCUCUUACCAAAGGCAAAUGGUUGGAGAAGGUAACCAUCAGCUUCUUCAAGGACAACAUUAUCCAGCAGCUUCAGGGAAAUCUGAACAGACCAUGGAUGUAUCUGGAAAGAGAGAAUUCUCGCCACUUUCAUCUCUGAAUGCUCUCACGUGGGAAUGACCAUAAAGGAAGAGCUGUGCUAUCCAAACUUGAGCUUUCCCCAUGGAUGAGUCAAACAUAAUGUUUCAUCCCAGCGAAGGCACAGGGAACAUCUCAAUGCACAGAAACAUUUCUACACAGGAAAGGGUCUGGGAGAUAUUGACCCCACUUUGGGUAAUUAUGAUCAUCUCCUUCCUGGGUUUUUGUGAAAAUGGAAUUGUCCUCUGGUGCCUCUGCUUCCAGAUCAAAAGAAACCCAUUCACUGCGUACAUCAUGCACCUGUCCAUUGCUGACAUCUCCUUACUGCUUUGUACUUUUAUUCUGUCGAUUCAGUACAUUGCUGGUUUUGGAUUCGCAUAUGGAUUUUACUAUUAUAUAACCACCACACUAUCUAUUAUCUUCCUUCUCGGAUAUAAUACUGGUCUGUACCUCCUGACAGCCAUCAGUAUUGAGAGGUGUCUGUCUAUUGUCUACCCCAUUUGGUACCGAUGCCACCGGUCACAGCACCAAUCGGCAACUGUUUGUGCAAUUCUGUGGGCUCUGUCUUUUCUGAUGACAGUAGCUGAAUACUUAACAUGCAAAGAUGAUUCAACGAAGGAACAAUUCGACGAUGGCAACCAUUGCCAAGCACUACUCAUCUUCACAUGGAUCCUGACUUUCAUGAUUUUCAUUCCUCUAAUGAUUGUGUCCAGCCUGAUCUUGGUUAUCAGAAUUCACCGUAACUCCUUGAGACCUCAUUCGUCAAAGCUCUACAUCAUCAUAGUGGCCACAGUUAUUGUCUUCCUCAUCUUUGCCAUGCCCAUGAGGCUGUUAUACCUUCUGAAUUACCACCACUGGUCGUCUUUGCUCAGCCAGCAGAACCACGUCACCAUCGUUCUCUCCACUGUUAACAGUAGCAUCAACCCCCUUGUUUACUUCUUCGUAGGAAGCAGCAAGAAGAAGAGGUUCAAGGAAAGCCUCAAAGUGGUUCUUAGUAGAGCACUCACUGAUGGGUUGCGGCCGAGAAGCCAGGAAGUUGGCAUGAGUUUGGAUAUAGCCGAAACAAUUUUCUAAAGCCUGGGGCGGGA